AUGCCAUUGAAUAAAAUUACAAAUCAAUACAUCAAUACACGAAAACAUGAAAGAAUUUGUCAAAUUACAACCUAUAACAUUCAGGAAUAUCCAACUUAUGGCAGCAUUCAAACAUCUAGACGUUUAGCUAAGCAUUUACUCAUACAUUGGUUUGCAAAGUUAAUGUAUAUUUGUGGAGUUCCUUUUGCAAAUAUUUUAUCACCAAGACCAGCAGCUUGA